GCUCGGGCCGCCAGUGCGCAGCCGCGGCGGAGCUCGGCCGGGGAGGAGGAAGCGGCGCGGCGCGAGGGGAAGGAGGCCGAGGCCGGCGGAGGUGACGGCGGCGGCUCAUGGCUCCACGGGCAGGCGGAUGAGGCGCGAGUGUGCGGGCCGCUAGCGCUCCCCAAGGCGGCGUCUCCGGUUGGCGAGGCUGCGGCGGCAGCUCCGGCUCCGUGUCAGGGGGCGCGGCGGUCGCAGGUCCGGCUCCUCGUCGCCUCCCUGCGGGCUGGUGUUAUGGCCCCCUGGGGGAGCGCAGAAGGCUCUCCGGCUUGGAGGUCAGCGCAGCUUCUGUUUCUCGUCGUCUCCUGUUGCGGAAAUGGUGCUCUUGCAGAACAUUCUGAAAAUGUGCAUAUUUCAGGAGUGUCAACGGCUUGUGGAGAUAUUCCAGAACAAAUUCGAUCACCAAGCGGGACAAUCACAAGUCCAGGGUGGCCCUCUGAGUAUCCUGCCCGAAUCAACUGUAGCUGGUACAUCCAUGCAAAGCCAGGGGAGAUCAUUACUAUAAGCUUUCAAGAUUUUGAUGUUGAGGGAUCCCGACGAUGCAGCUCAGAUUGGUUAACAAUUGGAAGCUACAAGAAUAUCGACGGCUAUAGAGCAUGUGGCUCCUCCAUUCCUUCGCCGUACAUCUCCACACAGGACCACGUUCUGAUCAGAUUUCAUUCAGACGACAGCAUCUCCAGGAAAGGCUUCAGAUUAGCCUACUUUGCUGGGAAAUCUGAUGAACCAAACUGUGACUGUGACCAGUUUCAUUGCGCUAAUGGGAAGUGCAUUCCAGAGAGCUGGAAAUGUAAUAAUAUGAAUGAAUGUGGAGACAACUCAGAUGAAGAAAUCUGUGCCAAAGCUACUCCUCCAACAGCUGCUUCCUUUCAGCCUUGUCCAAGCACUCAGUUCCGCUGUCUGUCUCGCUUCACCAAGCUUUACACUUGCCUUCCAGAAUCUUUAAAAUGUGAUGGCAACAUCGAUUGUCUCGACCUAGUGGAUGAAAUAGACUGUGCUGUGCCAACCUGUGGGCAGAAGUUAAAUUACUUUUAUGGUACUUUCAAUUCUCCCAACUAUCCUGACUUCUAUCCACCUGGAAGCAACUGCACCUGGCUGAUAGACACCGGUGACCACCGCAAGGUAAUUUUGCGGUUCACCGAUUUUAAACUCGAUGGUACAGGUUAUGGAGACUAUGUCAAAAUCUAUGAUGGAUUAGAAGAGAACCCACGCAGGCUCCUCCGUGUGCUGACAGCAUUUGACUCCCAUGCUCCCCUCACAGUUGUCUCAUCCUCGGGACAGAUAAGAGUGCACUUCUGUGCUGACAAAGUGAACGCCGCAAGAGGAUUCAAUGCCACCUAUCAAGUCGAUGGCUUCUGCCUGCCCUGGGAAAUCCCAUGCGGAGGAAACUGGGGUUGCUACACCGAGCAGCAGCGCUGCGAUGGCUACUGGCACUGCCCAAACGGAAGGGACGAAACCAACUGCACCAUGUGCCAAAGAGAUGAGUUUCCCUGCUCUCGGAAUGGCGUUUGCUAUCCUCGUUCGGAUCGCUGCAACUACCAGAACCAUUGCCCUAACGGCUCAGACGAAAAGAAUUGUUUCUUCUGUCAGCCGGGCAAUUUCCACUGUAAAAACAACCGCUGCGUGUUCGAGAGCUGGGUUUGUGAUUCUCAAGAUGACUGUGGCGAUGGCAGCGACGAAGAGAAUUGCCCAGUCAUUGUGCCUACCAGAGUGAUAACUGCAGCUGUCAUUGGGAGCCUUAUUUGUGGCUUACUGCUCGUCAUCGCGCUGGGAUGUACCUGUAAACUCUACUCACUCAGGAUGUUUGAGCGAAGAUCAUUUGAAACCCAUUUGUCAAGGGUUGAAGCUGAACUGUUAAGAAGGGAAGCUCCUCCAUCCUAUGGACAGUUAAUUGCCCAGGGUUUAAUUCCACCAGUUGAAGAUUUCCCUGUUUGUUCACCAAAUCAGGCUUCAGUCCUGGAAAACCUGAGACUGGCAGUGCGAUCUCAGCUGGGAUUUACCUCAAUCAGACUCCCCAUUGCUGGCAGAUCAAGUAACAUUUGGAACCGGAUUUUCAACUUUGCGAGGUCACGUCACUCUGGGUCCUUGGCUUUGGUCUCAGCCGACGGGGACGAUGUCGCCAGCCAAAGUACUAGCAGAGAGGGCGAGCGAAGCAGCGCUCACAGAAGUCUGUUUUCAGUCGAGUCGGAUGACACAGACACAGAAAACGAGCGAAGAGACACGGCAGGAGCAGUUGGUGGUGUUGCUACCACCUUGCCUCAGAAAGUCCCACCUACGACAGCAAUAGAAGCGGCAGUGGGAGCGUGUGGGAGUUCCUCUGCUCAGAGCAGCAGCAGCGGUAACGCGGACGGCGGAAGAGACGCGGCGAGCGCAGAGCUCCCGAGCACCAGUCCCGCCCGGCACCAGCUCAGCAGCGCGCUGAGCCGCGUGACCCAAGGCCUGCGCUGGGUACGCUUCACCCUGGGGAGAUCGAGCUCAGUGAAUCAGAACCAAAGUCCCUUGAGACAGCUCGAUAAUGGGGUAAGUGGAAGAGAAGAGGAUGAUGAUGUUGAAAUGUUAAUUCCAGUCUCUGAUGUAGCAUCAGACUUUGACGUGAAUGACUGUUCAAGACCUCUACUUGAUCUCAGCUCAGAUCAAGGACCAGGGCUUAGACAGCCUUACAGUGCAACACAUCACGGUGUAAGGUCGUGCAGUCGAGAUGGCCCCUGUGAGAGCUGUGGCAUCGUACACACUGCCCAGAUACCUGACACUUGCUUAGAAGCAACAGUGAAAAACGAAACUAGUGACGAUGAGGCAUUAUUACUCUGCUAGGUACGGAUUGUUUAGGAAAGAUUGUGUACAAGUUGGAGCAAUAUCUGUCAUUGUUUUGUACUUCACAGGUAAAACUAGUUUUUAGUUUCAAAAAAAAAAAUCCAGGACAACUUUGUUUCAAACUAUUUUAGCCUAUGUGGUUGAUUAAAACAUUUCUUAUACUGGAUGAGAUGAUGGAACGAUCAGAAUGAACACUUUAAUGGCUCUGAGUGCACGAUGUGCGUGUCCAGUACAAUCUGAUUGCUCUUUCCAGUGAGGUUAUGCCACUUAGUUUCAAAUUUAGUUCAUCCUGAUUCUGUAGUCCAAUCCAGAAACACGGCUGCUCGAGACUCACUUGGCUGCCAGUUUAACCCCCUAUUAACAGGUGAAUUUGUACAGAAUUCUUUUCCUUUAGGAACCAACUCUGUUGUAUUAUUGCCAACAUACUUGUAACUUAAUAUACUAAAUACUGGUAAGGAUUGUUAAUGUAAAAUAUGUACUUUUUUCUUUGAGUUUAUACAAUACUUUGUCUAAAUAGUCUCGAAUUUCAUCAUAACGUGAACUUAUUUAAAGGGAGGAGAAUCUUUCUCUAGGAGCAUUCUUUUUCUUUUCCAAAGUACAAAAUGCGAUGAUUUGUGAAACUUAGAUAGAAUAGAGAAACUGAUGGCAAAAGCUUUUAUUAGCACUGACUUUCCUAAACUGCAAUCUGAUGUGGUACAGCCAAAUAGUUUGUAAAACCCCCAGUCAUGAGUGGUUUUGAGUUGAAGUCAAAAACAAAAGGGCCGAAGAUAUGACAAUGUGUUAGUUCUUGAAAUAUCUGAUACGUACAAAUACACUACAGAGUAAGUUCCAACUGGUAAUAGAUCUUUCCCUAAUACUGUAGGGUAUAAAGCUUGUUUGGACUCAAGGGAUUUGCACUAAAAUCAUAUUAAGGUCUCUAAUGAGCUUAGUGCACAAGCACUAUCACUUUAAGUACUAUUAUUGUCUACUAUUGCAAUGGCUAUAUAUUUCCAUGGCUCUUUUCUUGGGGUGUUGCAUUUUUGUUGCAAUCGAAUUUGCUUUACUAAUUCCCUAUUUAUUCGUUGUAUUUAAAAGCUGGUUUACUUGGUUGCAGACUGGUUCCUUCAAAAUAAAAAGUAAAUCCCUUUCAGUGUAUUUUUUUUGUUGUUGCUGUUCAUGGUAUUACUUACUGGAGCAAGACAAAUUGGUCCCAAAAAAAAAAAAAACCAAGCUCAUAACUUCCAAUUUUGUGAGAAGAGGUUUAAUAUGUGGCUCUACUCGCGUGAUGAGCUCCACCUUUGAAAAACAAAGAAGUGUCAACUGCUGUUUUAUUUAUUCUUUGCCAGUCUGUUUUUAAGUAGGCUUAAAGAUCCAGUAUGAACUGUAUUUGUGUGUGAUUGUAUGCUAUUUAUUAAAUUUGAAACACUUUGUUGAAUGUCAUUUUAAAGCAUGUUUAAAGUCUUGUGCAUUUCUGUCGUGUUAUGCUGUCGGGCAGAACUGACUAAAAUGUUUUAAUAUGUAUGGAAAUUCAAUUGAUUUUGGGUUUGUUUGGUUUUUUUUUCCUUUGGUUAUGUUUUUGAGGUACUUUUUAAGGAUAAAUCCAAGAUCUGUCUGGCUUUUUAUUUUACUUCUUUAAAAAUCCUCAGCUCUGAAGUACAAAUCACAUGCAAAAGAAAUAAUUGAAUGGAUUCCAAAGUGUAUGUAUCUUCUCCCUCUUCUCUUCAUUCACAGACACUGGGAUGAGACAAAUGAACAAUUUUACCAUCUGGUUGAUUUUAUUCGUGAGAGUUAGCAGGUAAAUUCUGAGUUCAGGACACAGUUAAUGUAGAUUUGUGCUUUUGAGGAACCUUAUGUGCAAUACAGUUGUAAAAAAUUUGAAUCUAACGACCCAUGUGGUUUCAGGUUUCACAUUACAUUGGUACCAGCUCAGGUACAGAUUGGCCCAUAAUUACACAUACCCCAGUAAAAGUCAUCAAUGGCCAUUUUUAUUCACAUUGAAUAAUAUCUAAAUCUGUGGGUAAUCUUCAGUCCAAUUUCAGUGGCAUUGCUUAUACAGCAGGCAACUUUGCAAUAUGAACGUGGUAUCACAUCCCGAAAUCUAUGUGAACAGUAUGUCCUGGUAUAAAAUACUGGGUUUUUAAACCUUCCUGACUAAUUGUCAUUAGCAAACAUCAUCAGAAUUGUUGGUGUGUGUGUGCCCCCCCCCCCAAGGCAAAUGCAUUUUGAAGAAAGAGUCUUCACAGAAUACCUUUGGUGUUAAAACACAGACGUAGUGAUCUCAAUUUGUUCCAUUAGGUGACCCAAACAGCAUGUACCUAUGGACUCCAUAUUGCAGAUGUAAAAAGAACACAAUGUUGGGUUUGUUUUAAAGGAGAAAUGCUACACAUUUAACUGAGAAGUUGGAUUUGAUUGAGAAUUUGGAGAACUGUAAAUAAAAUUCAUAUUUGUAUGAGGCUAA